AUGGCACCGGAUCUGAAUACUGUCCCCCACUCUCCUCGAAGCUCCUCGAUUUCUCAGGGAACACUCAUGACGACGUCUGCGUCGUCGGCAUUGCCACAUUCUGCUUCUAGAAGAACGUCGACUCAGAUGCUGCCCCCUCCCUUACCACUGAACAGUGGCAGCCUUCCCAAUUCACCCCGUCCGGCUCAGGCUACCCUGGGAGAUAACACAGGAGUCGGUAUUGGACCAGGGCCCAUCAGACACCCGCGGCCCUUAACAGCGGCUGAAUUGCAUCUAGAGCUCGAGAAAGAGCAGGAGAGCAUUGUCAACCGCCUCACUCGUGAAUUAUCUGCUCUACGGGCACAGACUGCAUCCGUGGCCUCCACCACUUCCUCCACCUCGGAUCACUUCUUUUCCUCCAGCGAUCCAUAUACAUCCACUACGGGGACUGCCACGACCAUCAUUCCGACCUCAGCACGCCGACACCGCUCCUCCUCGAAUCUGUCAACCCGCUCCGCCAGAUCAAUCCGAGAUAAUCUCGCCAACGCUGGAAACACCAGCGUCUCCGGCGUUGCUGCCCCGAGAGAUCAGAGCGUGCAAGCAAGUAGCAGACCCAGUGUGGAACUCAGCAGGCCAGACAUGAGCCGGCAGAAUUCCACGUCCGCUUCGGGCUUCCGCUCCUCCUCUAUCACAUCAUCCCCGCAUGUCAACCAGGGUGCCUAUCCUUCCUAUGCUUCCUAUCCGCAUCGAAGUUCUGUGUCUUCUAACGCGCCUAACCAUCCUGCCCCGGCCUCGACAUCCGAGUCAGCCCCUACGUCCGCAUAUCCUCGCAGCCCGAGCUCGACUGCGGCAAUCGUUGCUGCCCGGUACGAGGAAGCUGCGCUGCAACGUGCAGAACUCGAAGCCGUCAAGCGGGAGAACGAGCAACUUCGCGCCCGGGUCAAAGAGUUAGAGAGGAGCCUACAGAAAUCAAACGAGCAAUCUGCCGGUCUGGUGACACCGACGCCCUCGUGA